AGAAACCCAAAAGCGUAUAGGUUUCAUGUUUGGUUGCCCUCUCUCUCUCUCUAUAAGAUUUCUACACAGCAAAUAAGGAAUAAAAAAAUAUAAAAAAAAACCCGAAAUAACGGCAUAUUCUGUUCCACCACAAUAGCACGGCUCAUAUUUUGAUCGACCAAGUCUUUCGCAUUUUUCUCUCCGAUAUCCUAUUAACAACCACUUAUCCUCUUUUCAAUAACCCAUUCCAUCCUCUUAUAUUCUUUUCUUUCAUCUCAUUCCACACUCUUUUUCUUUUUUCUUCUCAAACACACGCACACACUAUAUACUAAAAACAUUCAUAAUAACAAAUUAAUGGUCGUGAAGAUGAUGAAGUGGCGCCCUUGGCCUCCACUCCUCUCCAAAAAAUUUGACGUCAAACUCACCGUAACAAAACUCUUAUCCUCCGAUCUGUUACGUCAAUCUUCUUCCAAAUUAACGGUUGAGAUUAAAUGGAAAGGUCCUAAGUCAACCCUCGCUUCUUUGCGACGUUACUCCGUCGCUAGAAACUUCACCAGAUAUUCUCAAAUUCAGUUAGACGACGUUGGCGAUUAUGUUGUUUAUUGGGAUGAAGAAUUUCAUAAUCUUUGUAAUCUAAACGCUCUCAAAGACAAUGCCUUUCUUCCCUGGGAAAUCGCUUUCAAUCUCUUUGAUGGAUUGAAUGAAAGGUCAAAGAAAAAGAGUAUUGUUGGAACAGCUUUGUUGAAUAUUGCUGAAUUUGCAAAUUCAUCUGUUCAAACUGGUGUUGAUUUGAACAUUCCACUCACAAUACCCGGUGGUUCUGCAGAUCAAUCUCCUUUACUUUGUAUAUCAAUUAGUUUGGUGGAGGUAAGAGGUUCUCACGGGAACACAGAUUCAGUUCAGAGAUCAAUAGUUCCUGUAUCGUCUCCACCGGCCCAGUCAGCUGGUACUACAAUGACAGAGAAAGAUGACCUUUCUGCAAUUAAAGCUGGUCUUAGGAAAGUAAAGAUUUUCACAGAAUAUGUAUCCUCCAGGAAAUCACAGAAGGCGUCCCGUGGAGAAGAAGGAAGUGAUGGCAAGUGCUCUAGGAGUGAGGAUAGUACUCCUAAUUACCCUCUAGACUCUGACUCACUCGAUGAUUUCGAAGGAGAUUCGGACGAGGGAAAGGAGGAUUCUUCCAGUGCUGGGAAUUCAAUUAGUUAUGGAACAUUGGCCUUUGCAAAUGCUGGAGGAUCAUUAUUUUAUUCCAAUGCGCGGAUGAAUUCCGACGACGGCGAUUGGGUUUACUACAGCUAUAGAAUUCCUGAUGCUGGGGGUUUGCAGAUGGAGGAUUCAACUGCAUCUUCUUCCGAGCCUUAUUUAUUGCAAAGUACAAAGCGCAGCAUACUUCCAUGGAGGAGGAAAAGGAAGUUGAGUUUUCGAUCUCCUAAAGGUCAUAGGGAAGUUCCAUUGUUAAACAAGGCCUAUGCUGAAGAUGGUGGCGAUGAUAUAGAUUUUGAUCGCCGGCAACUUAGUUCUGAUGAAUCCUUUUCUUCGAAGUUUCACAAGACCGAGGAUAAUUUGUGGGCGAAUGGAUCAUCAGUCUCAGAAUUUGGAGAUGAUUAUUUCGUUGUUGGAAGUUGGGAGCAGAAAGAGAUCGUGAGCCGCGAUGGUCACAUGAAACUUCAGACACAAGUCUUCUUUGCCUCAAUCGACCAACGCAGUGAACGUGCAGCAGGCGAGAGCGCAUGUACAGCUCUCGUUGCUGUAAUUGCUGAUUGGUUCCAAAACUACCGCGAUCACAUGCCCAUAAAGUCCCAAUUUGACAGUUUAAUUCGAGAAGGCUCCUCAGAAUGGAGGAACCUGCGCGAUGACGAGACCUAUAGAAACCAGUUCCCCGACGGGCAUUUUGAUCUAGAAACAGUCAUUCAGGCAAAAAUACGUCCACUUUCUGUUGUUCCCGGCAAGUCAUUCAUUGGUUUCUUCCAUCCAGAAGGAAUGGACGAGAAAAGAUUUGAGUUUCUCCAUGACGCCAUGUCUUUCGACAACAUUUGGGAUGAGAUCAGCAGUUCUGAACACGAGUGGCUUAACAACGGUGAAACUCAUGUUUUUAUUGUUAGUUGGAAUGACCAUUUUUUCAUUCUCAAAGUCGAAUCCGACUGCUACUACAUCAUUGACACUUUGGGAGAGAGGCUUUAUGAAGGAUGUAAUCAAGCAUACAUCCUUAAAUUCAACAGCAACACAGUAAUACACAAAACACAGAAUGUUGUUCAAUCAUCAUCGAACGAUACAACAACCGAUGGCCAGCGAACUGUUGCGCAAAUAUUAGAGUGCAACAACAAGCAGGCCGGACAAGUUAACGGAAAUAAGGAGGGUGAUUCUAUUGCUGCUGAGGAAGAAGAGGAGGUUGUGUGCAGAGGUAAAGAAGCAUGCAAAGAGUACAUAAAAAGCUUCUUGGCUGCAAUACCUAUACGAGAGUUGCAAGCUGAUAUAAAAAAUAAUAUCACAUUUUCGCCUCAUCAAAGAUUACAAAUUGAGUUUCACUACACUCAAUUGUUACAGUCUUGUAUAUCAAUUCCUGAGGUGGAAAUGGCUGCAGCAGAGACCCUUGCUCUUGCAAUAAAUGAGAUUUCUACUUAAUGGUAGUUUAGAGUUUAGAUUGAAGAAAUUAAGUGUACAUAAGCUAACUAGUUUUUACAAUUUUAACUAAUAAUUUACAUUAUGGUAGUACUCUACAUAGAAUGCUCUUUAUUUGAGCUUUAGAUUCUUUAUUAAUCAUUCUUGGGAAGGGAAUUAUGUAAAUGGCUCUGUAAUAUCUUUUUCAAGUGAGUGCAAAGUACUGCAAACUUUUGGCAUCGGACAUAAAGAUUUUAAUACUCGUGAAUGCUGUUGUAUAGCUUUUUAAAGACUUUUUA